UCAGUUCUCCUUUUUUUUUCUCGUCUCUCUCUUUCUCUGGUGCGCGCAUACAAAGACAUUGAGGAAGGAUUCAGGGAAGGGCUGAAAUGGUUCAGCGACUCACUUACCGGAAGAGGCACAGCUAUGCCACCAAAUCUAAUCAACACCGCAUUGUUAAGACUCCUGGCGGGAAAUUGGUGUAUCAGACUACAAAGAAGAGAGCAAGUGGGCCUAAGUGUCCCGUCACUGGCAAGAGAAUUCAAGGGAUUCCACACCUAAGACCAGCAGAGUACAAGAGAUCUAGAUUGUCUAGGAAUCGACGAACUGUCAAUCGUGCCUAUGGAGGUGUAUUGUCUGGAAGUGCUGUUAGGGAGAGGAUUAUCCGAGCCUUCUUAGUGGAAGAACAAAAGAUUGUGAAAAAGGUUUUGAAGAUUCAAAAGUCAAAAGAGAAGCAAGCUUCAAGGAGCUAAAAGGAAAAGGACAGAAUAAUAAAUCGAAGUCAUGUGAGUUGGAAGAUAUGCUACAGAGAAUUUUGGGGCAAUGAAAUGUAGGAUUUGAAUUUGGAGAUUGUCAAUUUUUACUUGUUUGAUACAAUUGAUUGUUUACGUUUUUUUUUUUUGUUUACUUUGACAAGAGAUCAUUUCCAACUAGUUUUAUGUGAUCGUUUGUGCUUCUGAUCACUUGGAA